AAUUGGGAAUGAUAUUGAAACAAAAUUUUAACUGUAGUAUAAAAUAUAACCAAAUUUGUAAUAGUAUGCUCUAAUAAAUUUACACAAUUUUACGAUUUUAUAUACGGCCGUAUAGUACCUAUAUUUGUCCUCAUAUAUACACACAGGUUUAAAUUUAUAUACAAAUAGUACACUUUUCCACAUAAUAUGUGUAUUUUAAAUCUGGAAUUUUAUGAAAGAAAACCGUACCUGUGGCAUACUUUCGUGUUCAGGUCAUGAAUAUAAUGGUGUAAUUCUAAGACAUUGACACAAACCGCUUACUUUUUAUUUCAUCUAACAAAAACAACUGAUUAGGAUUAAAGCUAAAUACCCGAAAUGUGCGAUAUGGACAAAAUUGUAUUCUAUAAUCAUAUAAUGCAGGAUAACUUAUAAGUAGUUUUAACAGUAAAACAUGGCUGUAUCGAAAGAGACGUAUCCACCGGGUAUAGUUGUAUCUGCUGCUAUUGAUCUUGGAACCACAUUCUCUGGUUAUGCGUUUGCUUUCAGAGACGAGCCUUAUAGAGUUUAUGCAAGCACUUGGCAUUCGAAAACUACAGCUUACUUGGUAGCUAACAAAGCCCCUACAACAGUGCUCCUUCGCCCAGACAAGCAGUUCUACGCUUUUGGUUUAGACGCAGAGGAAAAGUAUUCGGAACUGACAGACGAGGAAGCUCAUCAGGGCUGGUACUACUUUCAGAAUUUCAAAAUGGAGCUGUAUCGUCAUGAGAAACUGUCACGUGAAGCUAAGCUUAAGGACAUUGAAGGGAAGGAAAUGUCAGCAAUGACGAUAUUUACCUUGGUUAUAAAAUAUCUUCGAGAUAAAUUGAUUGAGCAAGUACGGCGCAGCAAGACUGGUAUUGAAGAGCACGAGAUUUUCUGGGUGUUAACAGUUCCCGCUAUUUGGUCGGACGCUGCAAAGCAAUUUAUGAGAGAAGCGGCUACAAAGGCGGGUAUAAACAAUACACAGCUGAAGCUUGUUCUUGAACCGGAAGCAGCUAGUUUAUUUGGCCAGGCCAACUAUACACAGCGAGAUGUUCAAGCUGGUGGUAUUGCCGAGCUAAAACACUUCCGCGCUGGUCAAAAAUAUAUAAUUGCAGAUCUUGGAGGUGGAACAGCAGACAUAGCUACCCACGAAGUUCUUCCGGACGGAACUCUAAGAGAGAUAUAUCGUGCAACAGGGGACGAAUUAGGUGGUAACAGAGUGAAUUUGGCUUUUCUGAGAUUCCUAGAUAAUCUAGUUUCAAAAGAAGUUAUGGACUACUUCAGACAUUCCGCAAGGGGACACUAUUUAGAAUUUAUGAGAGAAUUGAAAUGAAAAAGGGAAGGGUAAGUGCAAAUGAGCCUUCAUCUAUGGUUUUGAAAUGCCCAGCCACAUUUGAAGAAUGUCUUAAGGAGAAAAGAAAUAAGACGUUACAGGAGUGUGUAAGAGAAGAAAGAUUAUCCAACGUCGUCGAGGUUAAAAGAGGCAAUAUCAGGCUUCGCCCCGAGCUUGUGAGAAUAUUCUUCAACGAACCAGUUGAAGAAAUUAUAAAAAAGUUACGAGAGAUAAUUCAAAGCGGGAAAUUUGAAAUAGACAAGCUGUUAUUAGUUGGAGGUUUCUCCGAUUCUCCAUACGUUCGAGAAUCAGUGAUAAGAGAACUCAAGAGAGAAUUUGAGAGGCUUGAUAUCGUCAAGCCUGAGGAAGCAUGUUUACAUGUGUUAAAAGGUGCUGUAUUGACUAUUUGUAGACCAAGCCAUAUCAGCGAGAGAAUUUCAAAAUACAGUUAUGGAUUUAGAGUAGCAGUUCCUUUUAAUGCCGAGGUGCAUCCAGCUAAAUUGAGGGAGAGGCGUCAGUCUGGUGAAGAAUAUUGUUCUGACAUAUUUCAUAAAUGUAUUGAAGUUGGACAAUGCUUGAAGUAUGGUGAAAAGAUAAGGAUCGAGUUUGCCGGGAACAGGCAUGACGUAAGAAGUAAAUUUGAAGCAUGCAGUACGGAGUUAUACCGGUCCUCGGAAGCAGAGCCAAAGUAUUGCACCGUAGAAGAAAGCUGCGAACGGGUUGGAAAAAUGAUUCAUUAUCCGCCGAGGGAAGGAUGGGGCAAUAUAGUCAUGUUUACGGCAGAAAUAGAGAUCGGUGAAGCAGAAUUCAAAAUUUCUGUAAUAAAUGCAACUACACAGGAAAUAUUCGAGACUACAGUUGACUUUCUAGAUGAUUAGAUCUUCAAUGAAGAAAACGAAGCAGACAUUACACUUUAGAUAAUGUGACUAAUCAAUCAUAUUUUGUUUAGAUACUGAUACUAUUAGAAAAAGGAUAGGGCGAGGAGAUUUCUGUCUAAGACAUACAAAGUCAUAUAACAUGUUACACGUUUGUACUCAGAACAUUUGUUUACAGAUGUGCUGUUUGUGAUGAUUCAAUAGUUUUUUCUUUCUAUUUCAAACUUUGUUUGAUAGUUGGAUGAACGAAAAACCAUGGCUUAAUCCAAGAGAAAAUCGUUGUUACUUAUAUUCUAACAUGAUAUCCAGUAUUUAUAUCUACAUUCUUGACAACGUCCACUAAAUCUUAGACUGUUUUGUGUCGUAUUCAUUUCAUACAUUUAUAUGAUCUAAUAAUUUUGACGAACCGAUGAUGAUUUAAUUCUAUUAUGUUUGUCUUUGUUGAAACACGCUUAUAAUAGAAUGACGCCACGUUAACGUGCGGUGACGUCAAAGUUUUUGUUGCGACCAAGAAAGAGCGCUACUUUAUUUUAUCUACUGUUUUAAAUUUAAGGCAUAUUAGAAUUGGAAUAAUGUAUAGCAAAACUGUUUUUAGCACUAUUUAUACACUCGGGUGGUAAGACGUCGUACAAAUAAUUUCACUCGGGCUGCGCCCUCGUGAAAUUUUUUCGUCCGACGUAUAACCGCCCGACGUAUAACCGCAUAAAUAGUGUUAAAGCACUCUUUUGCUAUAAAUUUUUUCUUAAUUUAACAAAUAAUUUAUUGCAAAACUGUGUUUUAACACUGUUUACACACGUUGGGCGUAUCUCGUACGACGUAUAAUCGCCCGAGUGUGUAAAUAGUGUCCAAACACGGUUUUACUAUAUACUAUUUCGAUUAUUGUAAAAUUUAGAUCAAGUAAGAUAGAAUUGUUUAUUGCGCAUUUUUGGCGCUAAAUGGUAGAACGUUACGCUCCUUUGUUUGUACACAUCAGAACCGGAAAUGGAAAUUCUUCUUGCGGAAUAAUUCCAUUAGGGCGUGAACGAUGGCGCAUUAUUCUGACAAACUAAUAACCAACUCCGUGUGUGUGUGUGUUGUGUAAAUUAAUUAAGACAGUUAUGCUAUGUUACAUUUCGUUUUAAACAUAUUUAUAAGUAAAAUAUUUGAUAAAAUUUGAUCGCGCUAUUUCUCGAUGCGUAAAUGGCGCUAAAUAUCACGUCGACGUGACGUCAACAUAAUAUCGUUGUGAUGAUUUAAGCAUUGCUAGUUAGAUUAGAAUGAAUAUUCUAACACGACUUGAUUCAUUCAACAAAGAAGGCUGAAAGUUGUGUGUUAUUUUACAACAAUAUACUGUUCUGACGUCACAAUUAUUACGUUAUAGAGUAAAAUGGCAUAGCGGCGCGUUGGAAAAGAAACCAACAAACUAUUUAAUGGACGUCGUCAAAGAUAUACUUAAAACAACCUUGGUAACGUGUUAGAAUCGAAAUAAUAUAUAUCAUUUAGCGAUUGCUCUUGAAUAAGCUGCGCCCUCAAGAUAUAAUUCCUUCGCAACUGAACUCCAAACAAUGAUUUUAUUCAACGAUGAGAUAUAUUAUUUCUUAAAUAACGUCACAGUUACGGCUUUCUUUGUUACAGGCUAACAAAUAGGAUAGUGUUAGAGUAUUUUUGAUGUGCAGCUAUAUUCAUAUUUCAACAUCAGUGUAUGAUAAUUUUAACAUUGAUUUCUAGAACUACCUCAAAAUUGGCCACCUUAUUUUACAAAAGUAUAUGAUCAUCCAUUCAAGUUCAGUCACUUAUCAAAUUAUAAUUGAUGUUCUUAUCAAUGAUAAAGCGGUCAGCAUCUUAUUCACUUGACCGCUGUCUCAUCUUCGUAAAGGACAAAUUAUUUUAUUAAAGUUCAUCCCUUAUUUACCAAAACAUGUUAUUUUAAGUCUGAAAUCAUGCUCAAUUGUUGUUCAUCAUACCGUAUUUUGAGAUUAUGUGCAACUCGUUCCAAUAUUGGAAGAAAACGCUUAGAAUUAUGCAAUAACUUAUGCACAGAGAAAAUGAAGUAAGGAAUAAUAAGUGAUAAUUAAAAUAGAUAUAUAUCUGCGAAACUCCUUUUGGUCUUGAAAAUAGGAAUUCAUACCAUAAAGUGAUAUUUCAUAUACAAAUGGUAUUUGUAAGAAAGAACAUUAUAUAAUAAUCCGUAUACUAUCUUAUUUUCAAAAUUUGUGAACGAGUCUUUAAAAAUGUUUUGACCAAUAAAUGUUUCUAUUUUUUCGUAGUUGCAAUAUGGUUAUUCAGGUGAACUCUAAUUCUAAUAAUUUCUUUUAAUUAUCAAUGGAGUGUUCAUUCGUGCAUUUUAAGCUUUUCUAGCGUAUAUGUUUCUCUAUGUAAACACCUUUUAAUGCAUAAUUAUGACAUUAUUAGUGUUUAUGCUAAUUUCAUGGAAAUGAUCCAGCUGUUUUUGUAGUUAAAGACUCAGGAUAAAAGCAAACGUAUUCUUUAUUGUUUCAGUGGUGGUAAUUAUGCAUGAUUUGCUUAGGAAAUAGAUAAAAACAAUUAUUCACAACUAAAGUAGAAGCCAAUUUAGUAUUUGUACUAAAUUAAAAGUCAACGUGAUAAAAAGAUUUAAAGCCCUAUCUGGCUGAUAAAGUUGCAAAAAUGAAAUAACUAAACUGAAUGGAACGUUCUCGUCACAUAAUGGCAUCGCCGCAGCAUAGCCAUUUUACAAAGACCAAGAAGAAAUGUAUGUAGUCCUCAGUAUUAAAUCAUUUGCCAAUGGGCCAUCUUCUGAGAAAAUCACUUUUCGUAAAAUAAUCUUGACAAUAUAUAUUUACUGUAUAAUGAUAAUUGUAUUUUGUUAUUUAUCAUAUUUUGUGUUAGUGAUGUUUUACCUACUUUAUUUUUUAUACUUAUUUUUUCUUCAGUGACCAUACUUUUUCUUUUAUCUCAAACAUAUAUUUCUAUAAUUGUUUUGUCGAAUGGACAACUCAUAUAUUUUUGAAGUAGGGAAAACACCAUAAAAGAUUCUCUGAAUAGGGUGUUUCAUCGACGUAAUAUUUUACAAGUUUAGCUCAGUAUAGUAAACUUACUAUGCAAUAUAAUUAUGCUCAAACACUAUUAUCGUACUUAAGGUUCUUUUGCACGCUCUGAUCAUUUUUUUUCUACAAUGUUGAAUAUGAUUACAUCCUGAUUUUUCGCAACUUCAGAAUACGUUAAGGGAAUUCGGCAGAUAAAAAUGAUAGCAUCGUGUGCUUGCUGUUUUAAUUUUGCCUGACGGGUUUGAAAAAAAUAAUUGGAACUUACACAUGUUUUCACCAUGAAAGUCUGUUGGCAAAUCAUAAUUUUGAUAUCAUUUUCCAAAACAGAACUUUGUCUACAAUUAUGACUUAAAUGAAACUUCUCACUGUUGUAAAGAAACAUAAUGGUUCAUAAUAUGGUUAAAUGAAAUGAAUAGGUCUUCUGGUUAUUUUUGCGAUAUUUGCUCUCAAUAACGAGAUCCGCACAUUUCAAGCUGGUUUUAAGAUGGUAUUUGGAAUUAUUUUAUGUGUGACAUGUUUUAAUAUCAAAUUUUAUCUUAAAAGUAUAGUAAAGUUGCCGUUAUGAUAAAUUUACUCACGGGUUGCCAUUAAUUCAUAAAAUGAUAUUCGUUUCCGUAUUCCGAGUCCAGGGGUCGUAUUCAUAAAGCAUCUUAAGUAUAAGUAUAAGAUAUUGAUUAUUUACUUAAGUAUUACUUAAGUAAUGAAUUUGUUUUACUUAAGUAUAUUUGUUAUUCAUAAAACAACUUAAUAAGUAAUUCUUGGCUUUUAUUGUGGUCGAAAACAUUUUAAAAAACAUCAUUAAUUUCAGACAGAUACAAGAUACACAAUUAUGUUUAAAGUGCUUUUAUCUGAAAAACAACACUUUAAUCGUACCCACGGCGCCAUUUUGUUUUCUGACUUAAGUCAUUUCUUACGUAUCUUAAGUUUAAGCUGUUUUUUUGAAUAGAACUUAUGUUUUUACAUAGACUUAAGCUGAAAUCACCACAAACUUAAGUAAAAUUUUCAACUUAAGUCAAAACUUAUACUUAAGAUGCUUUAUGAAUACGGCCCCAGGCUUUAUUCUACGUUAUCCUGAUAAAUGACGUUGCACUAGUACUUCCGAUUUAUCAAACGUGCAGGACUGCGUUACAGUAAAUAACUGUCUUUCUCCUAUAAUUUUUGCACUAUUUCAACUUGCGUUUUAUUAAAAAUUGUGCUAAUCUAUAUUUUAUAAUUGCAAAAAUUCUACUUGCAUUCUGAGAGAAAAUAACAUUUAUUUUACAAAUUGUCGAAAUGACAUUUACUCGAAAACCAAAAAAGAAAAAAAAAUGAUAGAGUAGGAUAAUUAAUACUCAGAAAUGGUUAAAAGUCAAAAUGUUUAUAUAUGUAACACACGAGUAUUUUGAUAAAUAAAUUGUGUAACACUC